AUGGACGACGAGCCCGCCGAGGGGACUGGUGCCCCUUCCGCCGUCCGCGUGGUGACGAUUGCGCCGCGUGGUGACGUUGUGCUGGACGUGGUCUUUGAGACAUCGACGGCGACGCUGCGGGCCGUUCGUGCAGACCGCCGCCUGCAGCAGAGCCAGCCGCUGCAGCGCCAUCUUCGUGUUGCUUUUCGUGUCGACGCCGCCGUCCUCCGCACCCGCUCGCGCUAUUUUGCCAACCUGCUGGGCGACACGCGCUUCCAGGAAGCCCGCGCUGUCGAGGCGGCCCUGGCUGCUCUGGCGCUGGACGGCGUCGCGGCCGCGGACGUCGAGCCUGUCCGGCUGCCAUGGGUACGCAUCGACGACGACGACGAGGGCAGCCGGUCGAUCGGCCGAGAGGUCGUCUUUGAGGAGCUGCUGCGCAUGUUGCAUGGUCUUCCGGAAACCCCCAAAACGGGGACAAAGACGGAGGGCCCAGAGACAAAGGCAAAACCGCUGCCCAGAUCAGUCAAAACUGUUCCGAAAGCCAAGACGCCCGUGAGAGCAAAGACGGCCGCCACAACCACAACCACCACCAAACCGGAUCACACCCUACCCGGCUCUUGCUGGUCCGCCAAGACGCCGCCAUCAUUGCGCCAGCUGGCCGUCCUCGCCCUGCAGGCCGACCGCUUCGACUGUGCCGCCACCGUCGCUGCUCAUGUGCGCAGCCUGCGCGUGCGUUUCCCUCAGCCGGUGAUCCGGGCAGAGGGAGGCAGCGAAAGCAAGAACCCUCCCGGCCUGGCCAACGAGGAGGCCAUUCGCCAAAAGAUCUUUGUGGCCUGGGUGCUUGACCAGCCAGUCCACUUUGACCGUGGGACCCGCGAGCUCAUCCUCUACGGAUCCCAGCAAUGGGACAAUACAGACGACGACGACGACGACGACGAUGACGAUGAAGACGACAGCAGCCGUUCUGCUCCUCUGCCCGCCUGGUGGGAUCUCCCCGACGGUCUCGAGGCCGAGCUCCGCUUCCGUCGCGCCUGCAUCGUCCGCUGCAUCGCCUCGGUGCCGCGCCACUUUCUCGGCCUCUACACCUCGCGCGGCCGCCGCGAGUGCAAGAUGGGCUACGGCUCUAGCGCUGCCUGCGACUCGUUUCAGCUCGGCGAGAUGGUCCGCUUCCUGUGUCAGCGCGACCUGCUGCAUCUGCGCGUCUUUGGCCCGUCGUCCGGCCUGUCUCCGUCCUCCGCCACCAGCCUCGGCUCCGUCGACGUCUACCACAUCUUGGCUGCCCUCCGACAGUGUCCGGCCUACCAGCUGGACCGCGAUCACGUCAACUGUGGCCUCCGCACCCGCAUGCUGCCCAUCCUCGAGUACAUCCAGGCCAUGCUGACUGCUGGCGCUGUCGCCGUCCGCCGCCAGGAUUGGCGUGCCGCUCCGGCUGCGAGACGUGGCCCCAACUCCACCUCUGGCCCCUCGUGGGAGGCCGACCAGACCCUCGACACCAGCGACGGCAACGACGAAGACUUUGACAACGACAACGGCUCCGGUCCCCUCUUCGCCCCCUCCGCUGCCGACCGUCGCCGCGUCUUCCGCUUCACCCGUGCCGUCGCCGGCGACCAACGCCUCCGCCUCGAGGGCAACAUUGCUGCUGAUCGCAUGGCUCGCACUCUCUUCACGGCCCGCCGCUGGAACUGGACGCCCGAGGACUGA